AUGAACGACGCCAGCAACUCCUCAUGGUCUGCUCCAGAGCAUUUCGACCCCAUGGGCGCACCCGCUGAUCAUGACUUCGGCAACCUGCUUGACUUUGAGAACAUCGAUCUCGACUUCGGUGUGGAUUAUUCCCAGGCCGGCCCAGUUGACCACGAUAGCAACCGUCAACUGACCGAGUUGGCCGACACUCUCGAUCUCCAACAUCUCCAGAGCCAAUUCAGUCCACAAAUAAUACAGGAACAUAGCCACGGCCACGGUUCCGGAUUUCCACAUGCCAAUGGCGGGGCCGGCGUACGACAGCAUCACCUCCAACAGCAGCAGCAGCAGCAACCCCAACAGCUCCUCCACCACCACCAGCACCCCGCGCAGCAGCAACAACAACAACAACAACACCAACAUGCCCCUCAAAACAUGUCGCAGAACAUGUCUCAGAGUGGGAAUGGCUUCUUCGAUUUUGGCAUGCAACAAUACAACCACCCGGGUACGCCCACCUUCUCUCAGCCUCAAGAGCAGGCCUACCGACCUCAUGCCGGUGUGCCGCCCACGCCCAACAGCAUAGAGAUGCACGGCGACCCGGCGCGCUACCUCCAACAGAUGGAUCCUCAGCAGGCUCUCUUCGAUCAACGGUUCCUGCGGAAAGAUGAGACAUUCACCCCUCUUGUCUCUCCCGCCGUCACUCCCCACGAUGCGCGCUUCCAAGUGCCAGACUUCACCGUCCCCGGGGCCUACUUUAGUCCAUUGACCUCGCCCGCGCUGAAUGCGCAGACUCAGCAACACCCACAGAAUCUCCCCAAUCAGUACCAUACCUCUGGCAGCUCCACGGGCGCAUCGCCAAUCGACGUGGACAUGGACCUAGGCGAAUCAGCCAUGGCACAGCCAGAACCGGGCCGCAAGCUUCGCAGCACGAAGAGGAGUGCACCACGCUCAAGUAGUGCAUCGAGCCGGGUACGACAGUCCCCCAUUGUGAAACCAGGCCGUUGGAAAGCAACUGUCUCGUCUCUCAUCCCCCCGAAAGAGGUCAGCGAACUCGUCGAAGAGGCACAGAGAUCAAGGUCACGCCCCUCGUCCAAGGGCCUCGGUGUUCCUCACAGCGGUGACAGCUCAGAGCUCAGUUCGGUCUCGCCAGAGCCUCUUACGGAGAUGGGGCCGCCUCCGUUGCCAAAUUCUGUGACAAGCUCUCCCGCUAUCCGCGCUCAGAUCAAUCAGAAGAAUGACAGCAUCAAUGUCAACGGUAACGGAGUCUGUCCGGCCACUCCUGCAUCGUUGAUGCGUUUGCAGCAGUCACCCAGCCUUGGCGAAUCCUCGUCCGAUAUGCCUGCUACACUGGACGAUUUCUCGCUUCCCGAAGCCACACUGGAAAGGCCUCCGAUGUCGAGAAUGGACACCGCAAUCCACGACGAUGACGACCAAACCACACCGCGGAUCGGAGCACGAAAGACCCCAAAGCUUGGCCCAUUGAGCACGCCAGGCUCGGCCAUGCUUUCAAGUAGACCGAGCCCGAUGCUCAGCGCUGUAGCAUCUCCCACGUCCCCUGCUUUCGCUGCAGGCAACGGCAAGCGUCCCGAUGCAAAGUCGGGACGGAAUACGAAGAAGAGGGGUAGCAUUAGCACCACGCUCGUUAGUCCAGCCCUGAGGCCAAAAAUAUCGCCAAGCAUCAAGCCUCUUCUUCCGGAUGGAGGGUCUGGCAAUGUUACAGAAGACACUCAUGCACUUCUUCUCGCCUCCAAGUCGAAUUAUCAAAACAUUCUUGACGGCACUACCGUCCCCGGUGUCGUCUACCCAACCUCACUCUCCACCAAUCUGACUUCUAAACGGACAUCUCAUAAGAUCGCCGAGCAAGGUCGCCGCAAUCGUAUCAACACUGCGCUCCUGGAGAUGCAGGCCCUGCUUCCGUCCCCAAAUAUUCCACCAGGCAAUGCCAACGAAGAGAAAUCCCCAGAAAGCAGCGCGGCGGCGCAGAGUAACAACUCCAAAGCUGCGAAGGUGGAGAGUGCAAUCGAUUACAUUAAACAAUUGCAAAAGCAGUGCAGCGAAAAGGAUGAGUUGAUUGUCAAGAAAGAUCAAGAGAUGGAGGCUUUGAGGAAGGAGCUGGCGGCGCUAAAGGGCGUGUCCGGACCGACCAAUGCCUCGACGCCUACCGUGGAUGUUCCAGUAAAGGGCGAGAAGACCAGUUCAAGUCCUAGCUCCGACAGUGCGACUUGA